CUUAGAGUGCAAAUCCGAAAUGCAGAGCUUAAAGCUUUUGGUAACAAGUCGUCGUCGUGACAGUCUAAUCCGGUUGAAGAGAAACCUAUCCUCGCUUCCAAUCAAUUCUUCUGCUGAUGAUCUUCAAAAUCAAGUGCUGGUUGAAGGUAAAGCGAGUUCUCGAGUAGCGAUUCUCAACAGACCUUCGUCUCUCAAUGCUCUCAAUACAAAUAUAGGCGCUAGGUUGCAUGAAUUGUACGCAUCUUGGGAAGAUGAUCCCAAUAUUGGAUUUGUGGUCAUGAAGGGCAGUGGAAGGGCAUUUUGUGCAGGUGGAGAUAUUGUUGCUCUUUAUCAUUUGAUAAAUGAAGGGAAGAUAGAAAAGUGUAAGGGCUUUUUUAGGACGUUGUAUAGCUUUAUAUACCAUCUUGGUACAUACUUGAAGCCUCAUGUGUCUAUGUUAAAUGGCAUUACUAUGGGUGGUGGAGCUGGAAUUUCGAUACCUGGGACAUUUCGGCUUGCGACUGAUAGAACCGUUUUUGCUACCCCUGAAACUCAAAUUGGCUUCCAUCCUGAUGCCGGAGCAUCCUUUCAUCUCUCUCGUCUACCUGGUCACUUAGGAGAGUACUUGGGUCUGACAGGAGCAAAACUCAUUGGGGCUGAAAUGGUUUCUUGCGGGCUUGCGACACACUACUCAAACACUGAUAAGCUUCCACUGAUUGAAGAAGAGCUUGGAAAUUUGGUUACCGAUGAUCCUUCUGUCAUUGAGUCUUGUUUGGAGAAAUAUAGUGAUGUAGUCUAUCCUGAAAAGACUAGUGCGCUGCACAGGAUUGAAGUGCUCAAUAAAUGUUUUGGCCAUGACACAGUUGAGGAAAUUAUCGAUGCUGUGGAAAGUGAGGCAUCUGCAACAAAUGAUGCAUGGUGCAAUUCCACAUUAAAGAAACUUAAAGAAGCUUCACCAUUGAGCUUGAAGGUGUCUUUGAGAUCGGUACGAGAAGGCAGAUUUCAAACCCUUGACCAGUGCUUGGUUCGUGAGUAUCGGAUGUCCCUUCAAGGGAUAUCUAAGCGAAUCUCCAAUGACUUCUGCGAGGGUGUCAGAGCACGAGUGGUGCACAAAGACUUUGCUCCAAAGUGGGAACCUCCAAGCUUAGAAAAAGUGUCGGACGAUAUGGUGGAUCAGUACUUUGCACCUCUCAGUGAAUCUGAGCCAAAUCUGGAGCUCCCCACAAAACAGAGAGAAGCAUUUAACUAGUUGCUAUGGUUAGCCAUAAGUUGGAAAAAUACAUGGAAUCUUAUUCUGCUAAGAAAAGAUACAUUCAUCUAUGAUGGUCGAGAAACGGCAGUUUGCACAUUAUUUUGUGCUUUCAAAAUUUUUGCGACUUAAAAGAUGAUCAAACAUAUGGCUGCAAUAAAUAGAGCAAGAAUUAAUAAAAACAGAUUAUACAA